UAUCGUGGCAGGUCAUUUGUGGCUGAGAUUUUUCAUCACUAAAAGUUAGGAUGUCUCCAAGAUUGGUUUUCCAGAGGAGAACAAUUAUGAAAGUAGACAUCAUGCUGUAGCAGUCAAAAGCAUAUAAAAUGAAAGAAAACAAUGUCCAAUUAGGUAAAAUAUUUCAGUUUAACCCAAAUGUUAUUUAGUCUUUAUGAUUUAAAAUCAUACAGAAAUAAAUUAUUGGCAAUUAAAAUAUUGAUUAGUUAUUUCAAAGGCUUAAAACUUUGUCUCACAAAUUGCAAUGUUUCAGUUUCUUGGCAGUACAGAAGUGGAGCAGCCCAAAGGUACAGAGGUUGUAAGGGAUGCUGUGAGAAAACUUAAGUUUGCAAGACAUAUUAAGAAAUCUGAAGGCCAAAAAACACCAAAAGUUGAGUUACAAAUUUCAAUAUAUGGCGUAAAGAUUCUAGAUCCAAAAACAAAGGAAGUCCAGCACAACUGCCAACUCCACAGGAUAUCAUUUUGUGCUGAUGACAAAACUGACAAAAGAAUAUUCACUUUCAUAUGCAAAGAUUCUGAAUCAAAUAAACACUUAUGUUAUGUCUUUGACAGUGAAAAAUGUGCAGAAGAGAUAACUUUAACUAUUGGCCAAGCAUUUGACCUUGCUUACAGAAAAUUUCUAGAAUCAGGAGGAAAGGAUGUUGAAACACGAAAGCAGAUUGCUGGAUUACAGAAAAGAAUUAAUGAAUUAGAAACAGAAAAUCUGGAGCUAAGAAACAAGGUACAAGAUUUGGAGAACCAGUUAAGAAUAACCCAAGUACACACGUUGCCAGCAGGCAGUGUGACACCAAUAUCUCCUUCCACUGACAUCUUUGAUAUGGUUCCGUUUUCUCCCAUAUCCCCUAAGCCAUCAACACCUACUCGCAAUGGCACACAGCCUCCACCAGUGCCCAGCAGAUCUGCAGAGAUCAAGAGAGACCUUUUUGGAGCAGAACCUUUUGACCCAUUUAGCUGCGGAGCAGGAGAUUUCCCUCCAGACAUUCAGUCCAAACUAGAUGAGAUGCAGGAGGGGUUCAAAAUGGGACUGACUCUGGAAGGCACAGUGUUUUGCCUUGAUCCUCUAGACAGCAAGUGCUGAUGCCAGGAAUAGACAUUUAAAAAUAUAUUAUCUUUCUUUAUUUCUUUUUACAAAAAUUUAAAAUGUAUUACAAAUAUUAUUGAUGUGCCAAAAAUGUUUUUCAACAUGUUAUCUUCUGUGAGAUUUGCUUCUUUAAAACUCCAGAUAAGUUGCAGUAUUAUUGCUGUAAAAUGAAAUUUUACUCAUGUAUAGAAAGCUAAAAUGAAAUCACACUGCUGUUUGUUUUUUGUCUUCCAUAUUUUGCAAGUCAUUCUUGAUAUCUUUUGGCAACUCACUUGCACAGCAUGGCAAUCCAUCAUAACCUGUGAGAAGUCUUUUUAAACUUUCUUGCAUACCACUUUCUGAUAGCAAACAAGCCUUUGGAACUAUGAUUGAAAAGAACAAUGUUUAAAAUAAAAUCCCCAAAACUGGUUUCUUAAUUCUAGACAAAUAAGUGAAUAUUUACACACUUCUGUAAACAAUUACAGUGAGACUGAAAACCAUAGUGUAUUCUGCACUUAUAUAGCAUAGCAUCCUAAUAAAUUGUUGUUAAGGGCCACAAAUCAAGCUAGGUUUCUAAUGAACUGCAGUGCCCACCAAUUCAUGUUAAUUUUGGGAGUGCACAGCAUUUCUGACUUAGAAGUAUAUGUUAAAGAUGACUUCUAUGCUCUUCAGAUGCACUGUAUUUAAGAUGCAUCUACUAAAUGAAAUGACUAUUAUCUAGAUUAAUAUUUUUACAACUGCAAUAUUUAAUCAGUAACUAUACCAAAUAUUAAUAUGCCAAUUAUUUUCUAUUAUUUUGUAAUUUAAAAAGCAGUCCCUAAAGACUUAUAAAACUUUGAUUAGAUUUUUUUCACAUUCCAGAGGGUACUUGGAAAUUUAUACACAAGAACUGCAGUUUUCAGUAGCAAUCAUAUAAUAAAUAACUAGCUAUUUUGAACACACACCGCCAUGUGUACAUAGAAACAUGCCCAAUGCUCCACAGUAUUUUUGGAAUUGGGGUCCAAUAUGGUAUUUCUCAACAUAGGUAUUUGAAAAUCCUAUUGAGUUCAGUGAAUGUGCAUGCUUAGGGCACUGCUUGUGGUGCAUGUUAAACUGCUGCGUAAAUGGCAACAUCUCACUCUAACUGCAAAGAUUCAGUUACAAUAAUGAUGACUUUCAGAAACUAAAACCAUAUAUAUUUUUGAAAUCACACCUUCUAAACAUUUAGACAGUCUCUUUUUAGGAUGUUAACUGCCUGGAAAUUGAUCUGAGGCCAUUGAUGUAAUUGUAUUGUUUGAAAUUUGGAGCUUUGGCCCUUUCAGCAGUCUGGGUGAUCCCCUGAUAAUUCUGUGCAAACUACUUGGAAAAUAAGGGGGACCAUUGGAUAAACAAUCCCAAUUUGCUUCCCAGUGCAAAACUUACAAAUGAAUAACAUGACAAGAAAGAGAGAUAAAAGAAUUUAAGGUAAGUUCUUGAUGAAGACAGAUCAUUUGUAACUUCUGCAAGGAAGCGAAUUACUGAGCAAAUCUACUACUUUGUCUCUGCAUAGCAAUAAAUGAAAUUUUGGUUGUGCAUUUCUUUGUAUUCAUAAAUUAAGUUGCUUGUUCAUUUUUUUCCAUUUUUACCCAAAGCUUGUUCAAUAUGUACAAAAAAAUUACCUUUCUGGGAAAGUUUUUCUCUCCUGUAAGGAGCCUUUCACUGUAAAGAAGAAGGGGGGAAAUGUUUAUUUUUUUUUUAAUAAAAGAAAAUUUCUUUUAUUAAAUAAAGGAAGAGAAAGAGA